AUGCCCAAAACGGACCCAAAUGGAAAGAAAAUCGGGGCAGGAGCGGUGGUGGUUGUGGAGUGCAUCAUCUCUCCCUCAACCGGCGAGUGCUCACCAGUCCCGGGCUCGUACGUCACGGUCACGGCUGAGGCCACUGCUGCGAGCUCCAACGGGCCUGUGGUGCAGCGCCCGCUCGUCAUCAUCCUCAACUACAGCGCAUGUGCCCGGCCGGCCACGUUGACACCUGAAGAUGCACGUACUAUCUUUUUGGGAGCCGAUGGCACCGGCGCCGGCGGUAUCGCUCGAAAGUACACGCAGUGUUCGUAUGGCAAGUUCAGCAUCAACGCCACUGCCUUCAAGGCCAUUGUCGUACAGGCCAACUGCUCGACGGCUGUGAUGUCGUCGUGUGCUUGGUGGUCCAUAACGAACAACGGCGACGAUGCUGCGAAAAAGGUGCUCGGCAUAGCCGCCUUUGCUUCAUACACAAACUACAUUUAUGUGAUACCGCCUGGAAUCACCGCACGAUGGGCGACGGUGAUGCAGGAGGCCCUCCAUAANUACGGUCUCUUCCACUCCUGGGCAAACGACAUAGAAUAUGAGGACUACUCAACCGCCAUGGGCCGCGGAAACGCCUGCCCUAAUGCCGCGGAGAUCUCCCGACUGGGCUGGGCAACACCAGCUGCCGGUGGCGGCGCCAUCAACUCGGGAGUCCUGACCGCCGCCGGCAGUGCCCUAAGCCCCUCGCAUUGGCUUUGCCAGCGAUCCAGAAUCUGUAGAACAGCUGGCAUUAGCCCACAAAGCCCGUCUAAGCGGGUUCUGAGGUCCGGCAAGGAGUACCCUACGCCUUCGGCCGCUGCCCUUGAGGAGGCGGCAGCAGGCGACUCCAUGACGCGAUCCACUCAGAAAGAACCAUCUUUAGAUGAGAUUUACAAGCUGCUUCAGACCCAUGCUACACAGACCGAGGCGUCCUUCGACUCCUUGCAUAGCAAGACAGAUGCGCUGGCUGCUCGUGUUGACUCGCUGGAAAAGAAUAUUCCGGAAAUAAUUACCAAAAAGGUGGAGACCGAAAUGAAGCAGUUCGAAGUUCGGGCCGCGCAGUUCAUCAUCGAAACUGUGCAGUCUCAGCUCGCGGGGGCCCCUACGUUUGCGACCGACCGCACCGGGUCUAAACAGCGUAGGAACUUGACCGGCAAAUCUGCCUACUACGAUUCCGGCUCCCUGAUCGCGUUUGGCGUCCCGGCUCUCGCGACCGCUAAGCAAGCAGCGGAAGCCAUCACCCAAGUCGUCUCCGAUGCCAGUGGAGGAAGCCUCCAGGCCUCCUUCCUCAGCGUCGAAGGGGGCAGCACCGGCAUCAGCAUCAGCAUUGUACAUGCGCCAG